GGAGUAUGGUGUACUUUAUCAUCUGGAAAGAAGGAGAUGCCUAGACUCUCUACCCUCCCACCUCUCAGUUUCUUUGUAUCUUCUUAUUUCUGGUAGUACCAAUAAUCAAUUCACGGAUAUGUGUUGGAUGCAGGUCAACACCUUAAAUUGCAGGACUUCAGGUUGUGGAACUUCACUAUCGGUGGUGUUAUUUUUGUUUUCUCUUUUUUCAACUAAAGGAGGUUCUUGGCCUUCUGCGUCUUUUUGGAGUUAACUACCUACGAUCUAGUGAACUAGACGCGGGGGUGAGUGGGGUGUUUAGAUGGAGUGUCUGCUGAAAACCGAAUAUAGACCUACUUCCCGCCCAUUCUAUUCAUUCUUAAUUACGUAACUGUACUCAUGUUUCUUUUAUCUGAUAUUUCAGAUUGUUGAUAGAAUUGAAAUAUUGAAAUCAUGAACACAAGUGAACAAAUUAUUGAUCGACCAUUUAUAACACCCGAUGGGAAAAUAUGGCCAGCUAAUGUUUGUGUUCCGUCAAAAAGAUACUACUGCGCAAAAUAUACUAAAGAUAUGCUUAUAUCGAAGAUAACUAAAAAGUGUUUAAAGCCGGAUGAUGGCAAACUCAUCGAUCUAUGGGUGUUAACAAGAAUUAAUCAUUGGGAUCAUGAAAUUGAGACUACUGUCUGCCUAACAGAUAAUUACCUCAUGCUUAUUAAUUUUAAUUUUAUCAAUGAAGAAUGUACAGCCAAUCGGAUUGAUUUAAAGUCUAUCAAAACUAUACGCAUUGGUAAUCUUCUACAACCGAAUUGGUCUGUAUUACCCGAACGUAAUUAUGGUGCUGUCCAAUUGAUUUGGGGUGAUAUUCAACAGACAAAAUGGUUAGAUCGUUGGAAUCCAGUGUCAAAAGAUGUUCCAAUGACAAUAUUACAUCAUCAUCCGUGUUUUUAUUCACCUGAACUGCUGCCGAAUAAAGAUCUAUUCGAUGUUGAUCUGGCGUUGUCAACUAUUUCUACUGCAUUGUCUACAUUAGGUGUUCAGGUGGAAGUUGAGUACGCCAAUAUUUGUUUAAAUUCACACGUCAAUUUCUUCACUGUCGUCUAUAAUCAAAGUAAUCUGGGAUUUUGUAAAGAUCGUAAUGGUGUCAGCUUUUAGAAAGACAAUGUGUAACUGACGUCGUCCUCUUCCUCGCAACACACACACACAUAUCAUAGAGCCUUAUUCAUUUUGUGAUACUUACUCAGGGAUGACAAUCCUCCAUGAACACGCACCCAUGCACACUCACAAACGCUUAGACAUGCACAUAUCAGUGAGUAUUUUGUUUUGUGUUUGAGUUGUUUUCAAUUUGUUAUUGUUGUUGCCUUUAUUACUCCCUCCCUCGCUUUCUCUAUCUCUUUCUCUCAGGGACAAUCAAUUUUAUCGAUUUUUUUGUUUUCACCAAUUGAUUUUUUAUUGAGUAUCAUUUUGCACACUUUUUCUAUAUUCUUUAUUACUACAAUAAUAAUAAUACUAAUAUAUCACCCUAGAUUAGAUUAGAUUGCAUAUUAAUAGUUGACACUUUAUGACAGGCUGUGACAAGAUAUAUAUAUAUAUAUAUAUAUAUAUAUAUAUAUACAUAUAUUCACCUUAUUAACAUCAUUAUACUAGACAAAAUAAACUAUUUAAUGUAACUGGGUGCCAAAAACGAGUCAAGUACUUCUCCCUUUUUUCGUCACUCGGAUGUUGUAAUUGCGCAAGGACAAAAAUGUUUAGCCAACGGAUUUUGUCUUCCUCUUCUUGAGCUGCGUACACCACAAAAUAAAAAAGAACAACUUCUAUCUUCAUACUGUGUCUGUUAACAAAGUUAUUGAUAGAAAGGAUGGAAGGAAGGAAGGACUAAACUGUGAGAAGUAAUUGCCACUCCGAAAUACCUAAUGUGUUGUUCUUGUUGUUGUUGGUUCAUUGGUUAUAAAUGCUGCGUGUUUAUGCCAAGCGAAGGAAGUUCCGGUUGAACUUCAUGCCAGUAACGCACUCUUGAAUUUGGUUGGCAGUAAAUCC